AUGCCUUCACCUUUGACAACGCCCGUCCUUACUGUGGACACGGAGAAAAUCCACAAGGUCGACACGGCCAAUGCACAGAGUCUCCACGGCAUGUGGAUGGUUUUCUCCAAAUGUGCCGACUACAUGGAGGAAGGACGCCGACUUGAGAACUUGAGCUGGCGACUUUGGACCCGCGAGACAUUUUGCGUCGAGCCCGAAACUACCAGCGAGGCUUCGGCCAUUCCAUUGCUGCGUUCCGAAGGUGGUGAUCUGCCCGAACUCUCUGCUAGUGUCGAAUCUGCUGCAUCCGACCAGGCAGAGAGGAUCGAACACCACAUCAAGCGCCCCAGAGCUGACUAUAGACCCGCCGUGGUCCGUGAAGAUUCUCUUGUCAAUCUCAGCAGAGGAAAGGAGAAGCACAUCACUUCUCUGGGCUUGGAGCGAAUGGUGCUCAACAUCAAGGAGAAGAAGAACCUUGAACCCUUGCCUGCUCCCAUGACUACAGUUUCGCCUCCGGUCGUCGACAUUACUCCCCGCCCUUCCACUCCUACUCCUACUCCUCCUUCCGUGUCUACGACGAAGCCAACUCCGUCGUUUUCUGCUUUUGAAGACCAGCAAAUGCACCAGUCUACCGAAUCUUGCUCUACUACGGCACCUGAGGGCAACGACAGCGAUGCUGCUCAGACUGCCGCCUCCGACACUAGUGUUUCAUCGUCUGGAAUCCUACCCAGCCGACCGGGAUUGGUCAAGUCUCCUAGUAUUGUCCGUGGUUUUUCCCCGGCCAUGGUUUCUUCUUCAUAUCGGUCGCAGCCUAGACUCGCGGUGGAACCUGGUCCAGCCCACUCCCCUGCACGACUUAGGCCAUCGCCCCUGAAGAAGAAGGGCGGUAUGUUUACUUUGGGUGGUUCUUCUGGAGACGACGACGAGAGUUCCUUCGAAGACCGUAUGGCUAUCCAGGGUCGCCACCGCAGCUCUCUGUCGGACGAAUUGAAGCCGAAUACCAGCAACCCCAGCCCCAACAAGAAGGUGGCUUCGUUCCGGGAUGAUGUUGGAAUUAUCAAGGAUGAUCGGGACAACGACGAGGACGCGAUCGAGACCGAGGACGAGGUUUCGGAGAGCGCCAUCGACGACGAUGAGGACUCUGAUUGGGAGGAUUCCGUCACAGAAAGUGGCCGAUCCAGCGUGGAAGAAAAUGCUAUGUUCCAGCGCGUGGACUCCCGACCGAACCUUGUCUCUCGCCGCUCCAUGCUCACUAUGAUGAUGCACCAACCUGCAAGAAUGCAGGGAAACAACUCCCGAUCCACUCCGGCCCUCCAACGUUCGCGCCUGACGUCACCCAAUGGUCCGGCCGUUGCUGCGUCGCCGCCCGACCACGACGAGGAUAAUCUCACUAUGCGUGGCCCCGACGUGCCUCGAUCCAAGCCGAUCAUCGUUAGGGCGCCCCCGCAGUCUGUCGCGCAUUCCCCCCGCACAACACGUCGAAACAUGCUUGCGACAGAGCUGACAGAGUCUCUUCGCCGACACCUCCUAUGGGAGCGUCAGCAGAAGAGUGCGACGGCCAACGCUUUCCUGAAACGACGCCACACUGCCCACGACAUGGCCAACCUGAAAGAGUACCCCAACCCAUCCGGUCAGAGUGGCAGUUCCGCAACGGACGCAAAGAACAGUUCGUUUACCAACUACACCGACUUUGGACCUUGGGAGUACCACGUGAAGGGGUGGUAG